ACCAGUCAGAUACAGUAUUACUUCCAGCAGUCUGCAAUAGCUCAUAGGCAGAGAAGAUCUGUACUCAGCUGUCAUCAUGGACUCUAAGUGUGUUGUCAUCAUUUGCAGUCUCUUACUCUCUGCUACUCUUAUACAAGGGUUUGCUAUACCUCGUGGGAACCGCUGUUUGUGCAAGAAUGUCUCUACUAGAAUUAAUGUGAUGGCACUGGCAAAGUUGGAUAUUUACAAUCGAAGCUCUGCAUGUGAAAACACUGAAUAUAUUGCUACUUUGAAAGACUCAAACAUUACAAAGUGUGUUAGUCCUGAACUCAGAGAAGUGAAGGCUCUGAUAAAUGGAAAAAAUCGACACCUCAGACAUAUUCCAGUGAUACGUCACCAAUAAUAUGAAGAUUUAUGGGAUAAACCUCACGAAGGAGACAGACUUUAUAUGGCAUUCUCUACUUGCUAUUAUUAUGGAACAUAUUACAAUAUAGUGGUACAGAUCACUAUGAUGUGUACAGAUAUUCUAAUAUCCUGCAAUAACCAGUACUCUCAGUUCCUGUUGUAAAAUGUAAAUCAUGUAUGUAAAAUAUUGAUUUUUAUAUCAGCACAUGUAAAAAAUAUUUAAAAUGUGUAAAUAACAAAGACCAUCAAAUGUAACAUAUUUGU